UUUUCUGCAAAUAUUUCUGUGAUAGCCAUUCAAGAAUACCAAUUGUUAAAGAAAGAAGGUGUUUGGACGUGGGACGAGAAUAACAAUGCUUUCAAAAUAUCGAAAGAAAAACUAACAAAAUUACCGCAACUCGAAUAUCCAGACUCCAAUUUUUCAUAUGAACUACACACCGGCGCCAGCGACACCGGCACAGAAGCUGAAUUG